AUGUUGGCUCGACCUAGUGGGGGAGAGCAGCCGUUUGUGGAAGUCAUCCCAAAGAGUAAGAUAAAGAAAGCACAGGCCGCAUUAAGGACGGAGGCGGAGAAGGCGGCAGCGGGGCCGGGCGUGAAGGGACCAUCCGUGGCGUCAGCUGUGGCAGCAGUGAAGAAGGUGGUGCAGGGGCGACAAAUGGUUCGCGGAAUUGCUGAGCGUAACCGACCACGAGAAGAGGCGGUUGUCUCGGUCACCUGUCGGGAGAGGGCUUCCUACAAAGGUGUGUUAGUGAAGACGAGCGAAAUAGUUAAUUUGAAGGAGGUUGGAAUUGAUGGUUUCAGAAUUCACAGAAGAGUGACAGGAGCUUUCAUUUUGGAAUUAAGGGGCGGAAAAGCGAGGGGGAAGGCAGAGAAAUUGGCUAGAGCCUUGGGCCUUGUCUUGCUGGAGGCUAAGGUUUCUCUUCCGACGAGGAUUAGAGACUUUUUGCUUUGUGGACUUGAUGCCAGGGUCACAAGAGGGGAGGUAAUUACAGCAGUGACGGGUUUUGUACUGGGGGCUUACUCUCGCUUUGUUAGGGUGGGGGAGAUAUGCCCAGGUAGAGGCAGACUUGGCCAGGUAUAUGUUUCGGCCCCUGAAAGUGUGGCUAGAUGUACGGUUAACAAUGGAUCAAUUUUGAUUGGCUGGUCGUGGGCCAGGGUGAUUGCACUCGGUAAACGGCCUUUUCGGUGUUUUAAAUGCAUGGCGAGAGAGCAUGUGGCGGCUCGGUGUCGUAGUGCUGCAGCCACGUUAGGUUUGUGCUUUAGGUGCGGGGAGAGUGGACACGUUGCGGCGAGUUGUGGAAGAAAACCCUGCUAUCUUGUAUGCAGGGAUACGUGUAAGUCCACAUUUAAUCAUGUGGUAGGCUCGAUGGGCUGCUUACCGGUGCCUGCCAGGAAACGAUUAUUAAUAGACAGGAUUAGUUUGUUGAACAGUUUGACAAUUGCGGGUGCGGGGAAUUCUCUAGCUGAGGGCAUGGACGUUGAAGUGUCCGCGGUUGUUCCUCAAGACUGUCGAGAUAGCGCGAGUGCUAGUGGGGGUGGGGCGAUAAGGACAUUAUAA